AUGCAGACUGCUUCUACAAACAUUUAUGAAAGAAUGGGUCACUCUCAGGAACGCAAUGACUUCAAGCAUGGUACUGUGAUAGGUUGCCACCUGUGCAAUAAGUCCAUCCGUGAAAUUACCUUGCUACUAAAUAUUCCACGGUCAACUGUUAGUAGUAUUAUAACAAAGUGGAAGCAACUGGGAACAACAGCAACUCAGCCAAUGAUAGAGCGGGGUCAGCGCAUGCUGAAGCGCACAGUGUGCAGAAGUCGCUAACUGUCUGCAGAGUCAAUAGCUAAAGACCUCCAAAUUUCAUAUGGCCUUGAGAUUAGCACAACUACAGUAUGUAGAGAGCUUCAUGGAAUGGAUUUCUAUGGCCAA